AUGGCCGAGAAACUUAUGAACGACUCUGAUAAGGACGGCUUGAUCGACUUCAUACGGAUGACGCGAAUGCUGUUUCACUACGAGUACCUGGAGUCGAGGGAUCGCUUGAAGCUAAACUUCGAGCUUGUGACCGCGGCGCAGGAUGAUAACGAGACACUCGUGAACGUCACGGAGGCGCAGCUGAGCCCUUCGGAAUUUCACUCGCUCUCCGUGGAUUUUGUCGGAGACUUCUGCUCGCUCUUAGCGGACGCGAACUACUCGCUCCUGACACAGAAAGAGUGGGAGGUAGCGAUGGCGGAGAAUUUCAUGUUCAACUUGCCCUGCGACAUCGCGUGGGAUAAGUUCGACAAGAACCUGCUCAGCUCGUUUCUGAAGCAGAAUCCAGCUCUCAGUCAAGGACUGCCGCAGUUCGCGGACUCCGCGUUGCUUUUCAAGCGCGGCAACGGCACCGCCGUGGCUAAGGGAAUGUUCAUCCAACAAAAGGUCGAGAUGCUGAUCGACAUGGCCUUGGUAGAGCCGUUUCUUUGGUUGAUAGGGAAACCGAGGGUCGUCAUCGCGUCCAUGGACGGCUACGCCGUGCCGGGCGCCAAGGAGAAACGACACGACGUCAGCACGGUCGAGCGCAAGACGUUGCGUAGACUGCUCCCCACCCCGUUCGCAGUGUUGAAAAGCUUUUUCUCCACCAUGGAACUUCAAGAGCCGACGUUUAAGGAGCUGGUCAUACUGUACCGGAUGGACAAGCCCGAGGGUGACCAAAAAGCCGCCGUCGGCGGAGCGGGGCCGCUCGUGAUUAAGUCUUUCCACGACGUCCCGAUGGCGGACGUUGAGAUGGUUUUUCCCGAGGUCAGAAUCACGGUGAAAUUCUUAGACAUGCUCAUCAACGUCACGCUCAUGAUCGUCGCCGUCUUCACGUUCAUCGGGACGCUGAUGGGCAGCAUCGUGUGGUCCACGCAAACUAUCAGCCUCAUAUCCAUGUUGUGUGGCAAAGUCGCGCAGUCAAUUUUCGCGCUGAUGAACAAACAAGUGCGAUACACCGCCAUGAUGGCGAAUCAGCUCAAGUCCAAGAGCUCGAACAGUCAGAUCGGGUUGCUGAUGCAUACAAUGGAGUCGAUGGAGGAUCAGGAGUGCAAAGAAAUGAUUCUGUCGUACAGCAUCUUAACCGCGCACGGAAAGAGCAUGACGCUCAAGGAGAUCGACACCGCGUGUGAGGCUUUGAUGCACGAUCACUUUGGACUUAACGUAGACUUCGACGUUGAGGGCGCGAUCGUGAAGCUCCUUCGCGAGAGGUUGGUAGAGCAAACGUCAGGCGUGUUGUACACCGCGACGCCGUUGAAGAAGGCGCUGCAGAGACUGGACAAAAAGUGGGACAAUCUGUUCAACUAUCGCGACACCGCGAAGAAAUUGGACAAGAAGGACAAGAAGGAGACGGAGGCGAGGGCGGGGUACCAGAACGCGGAGGCGACGCUCCAGCAAAAUCUGGCGAACAGCGACCGUGACCGGGCCAAGGUGGUCAGUCGCUUGAAGGAGCAGCAAGACGAGAUCUCGAAGAGGAUCAAAGAGUUAGAAGAGAAGAUGACUGGUUAUAAGUGGCGCACCGGUUGA